AUGACCCUGACAAAGGCAAUUCACGACGGCGACGCCCCUCCACCGUAUACUCCCACCGAUCCCCUCACCCCAAGCACCCCAGAUGCAGAUGAACCUUCAGAGCAACCGGUUGCGGAAGAGGUGCCCUCGUAUAGUCAGACUGUACAAUCAUCGCCUAAUUUUAUCUCUGCCGUGCCCUAUUUCACCGAACGUCCGCCAACGGUCGCACAUGGACCGGGAGACGAGAUACUCGAACAUGCUAUAACCAUUUACACGAGGAGCCAGGCCCAGAGACUAUGCCCGAUCCCCACGAUGCUGGCGAUCUCGAUCCGAGGAAUUCACCCAGCACGAUUGGCAAACCUCCCGCGGAAGCUUCGCCAGGAGAUCGAGAGGGAUCGUAAAGAUCGUCCUCAGGAAAACGAUGAGCAACGAAAGGCCAGAAUUGCGGCUGUUGCUGGGGAGUGGAAUAGCUUUUUCUUCCGCCCCCGAGCUAUGAAUGUGGUGAUUCAUUUUGCUCCUGAAAACGGGGCGACAACUACUUCUCCACUGUGCCCCAAAUGCUACCCUUCGGCGGUUAGAUCGAUGCCAUUGCGGCCCGGCGCUCAUGCGAGCAUGCCUCGAUCUCAGACAGCGCCAGCGGCACCGCCGUAUUCGAUUCCUCGCAAGCCAGUUGGUGAGCGUACCGCCAACCCGCCGCCACAGCAGCCAGUACACCCUAGCAUUGAAGGAGGGCACACCGGCCCUCAGUCGCAGCAGCGAAAUGUCCCAAAUCAGCCGGCAAUGGCAUCUUGGGCAUCUACGAUUCAAAAAUGGGCAAACAACAUGUCCGAGCAGGCGCAGCGAUACGGCGAUCAUAUUGAAAGACAAGCCUUGGCUCAUGGGCGACGAGCUGAAGACCGUGCCGAAGCAUGGGGCCGGAUCAUGGAGGCCAAAGGCCAGAUGUGGGAAAAUUACUUUGACCAGCAAGGGAAGAGGAUGGAGCAAGCUGGUGAGCAGUUCGAGCAAGCUUGCAAGAGGCGCUCACCUUGGCUCUAUCCGUGGAAUCCAUCUGGGCCAUGGGGAAAACCCCAUGACGGAGGCAGAAACUGUGGCGGUAUGGGACCGCAUUGGGGGCCUGCUGGACAUCCUCCGUUCAAUCAUGGCGGUAUGGGGUCGCAUUGGGGACCCCCGGGAUUUCCAAUGAGUUCUCGGUCACGAAAAGCUUCGAUUUCAUCUUUAUCCACGUCCUCGUCAUCCUCGAGCACGGAGUCACUUUCUUCUUUUUCUUCUGACUCCGAGGACGAGUCCGGUGCUAGACCUGAGAUUGAUAUUGUACGCCAAAGCCGGCUACAGGCCCGUCAUCUCUAUACAGAACAUCGCGCGAGAGCGGCGGCUCUAAGGCAUGAAAGGUGCGCUCUGCGAGCUGCACAUCGAGAUCUUCGAUCGUCAGUUUCACGGGAUCGACGUCAUGGAGCAGGCCACUCGGAGGCGAGCCAUGCCAAAGCUGCCGAAGCAGAAGCUAUCAAAGCCGAAUUGGUGGCUUUGAAGCGAGAGCACAAGGAAUUGAGGAAUGAGUUCCAUCAGGAGAGAAAGCAAAUUCGACGAGUGAUGCGAAACUCAAAGAAAGAACAGCAGAGGACGAGAAGAGCGGAGAAAAGGGAGCUCAAAAGGAACCGAAAACAUCCAGAGAGAUCCCAGUCCCGACCCCGGGGCCCUGAUAUCGCCCAUGAGGAACGGCCAUCCACCGCUAUCACUGCCAACCAGCCUCCCUUGCCGCCUUUACCCCCGGUGCCACCUCCAAUUGCCUCCCAGACACCAGGAACACCUGCUAGCUCAACCACUGAUCUAAGAGCUGGUGGCAUUCAACCCGAUCCAUCCCCGAUGGACCAGCCACAGCGAAAGUCCAAGAAUGAGAACCCAAAAGCGAGCAAAGGAAAGGGAGAAGACAGCUCCAAGGAACCUGCACCGACGACGGUGGGCUGGGGUUGGACUGGCGGUAACGCUGGGAAAAAGUCAUCCGGAUUUCGAAAGAAGAAGCAAGAACCUGAAGCCCCAUCAAUGCAGUGGUCUGGAGACGGGAAGCAGGAGAGUGGUGUUCUCCCUGUGAAUGACGAAGAGGAGGAAGAAAAUGUUGGACACGGGUCAGCAUUGAUGACUCCUGGCCUCAUUUUGACUCGAAAGUUCUGA